GGGCAACCGCAACCUUUGUCCCUUAGCUACCUCCUCUCCUUAUCGUCGACGACGUGUGCGACCACCAUAAUUCCCAGGCUCCCAGCACCUACGACUGAUCGUCGAGGCCAGCCGAGGUAUCGUCGUCACAUAGAUCGAGCGCUACUGAAAGACCAAACCAACCACGGAAGGUCGUGCAAUCGCAUCUAUGGAAAGCACAGGGGGAGCGAGACCAACGUCGACGGUGCAGGAGCUCGCCGGCGCCCACGGCAAGCCCGACGUGCCGGCCCGGUACGUCUCACGCAGUCACCACGAAAACGGCCAGCACCCCACCGCGGCGCCGGUCCCUGUCAUCGACAUCGACCGCCUUUUCAAGCAGGAGGGCGCCGCCGCAGCUGACGGCGAAGAGGCGAAGCUCCGGCAGGCGCUCGAGUCGUGGGGCCUCUUCCUGGUGACUAACCACGGCGUCGACACCUCGGUGAUGGACGGCAUGAUGGUCGCGUCAAGGGAGUUCUUCCGGCAGCCACCCGAAGAGAAACAGAGAUACAUCAACCUUAUCGGGGGCGAGCGGUUCCAGCUCGAGGGGUACGGGACCGACCGGGUGAGCUCGGCGGAGCAGAUCCUCGACUGGUCCGACCGCCUCUACCUCAGGGUGGAGCCCGAAGACGAGCGCAGCCUCGCCCUCUGGCCAGCGCAUCCUCAAACCUUCAUGAAUCUUCUGCACGAGUUCACCACGAAAUGUAGGGUGGUGAAGGAUGGACUGGUCCAGGCAAUGGCGAGGCUGCUGGGGCUCGACGACGACUAUAUAAUGGACCAGUUUGGGGAGAAGGCUGACACUUACGCUAGAUUCAGCUACUACCCGGAGUGCCCGAGGCCGGAGCUUGUGUUCGGCCUGAAGCCCCACUCCGAUGGGAGCGUUCUUACCGUGCUCAUGGUCGAUGACACCAUUGGUGGGCUCCAGAUUUUGAGAGAUGGUGUCUGGUUCGAUGUACCAAUUGUUCCUCACACCCUGCUGAUCAACAUAGGAGACCAAACUGAGAUUUAUAUGAGACAAUGAAGAUAUAGCGUGUCCAGAUCAUGGUUUUAUGCAGAAACUUGAGUCAUCUUGCCACCAAUGAUUUAGUAUGGAGUUUAUUUCAUAUAUUCUCACUGCUUAUUUCUAAUUUGUAUCUAUAUCAAUAUAAAGAUCACAGGUUGUAGAAAAAUGGCAUGCCUCCGUUAAUCACACAUAAACUUAUGGUUCUUAGUUAUACUUGUUGUCUCCUAAUUAUUUAAUCCCUAAAUUUAUUUUGUAUACAUGACAAUUGUUGGUUUUCUUGAAAAAACUAUGCGAUAUUUAUUUUAUAAAAAAUAUCUUCGCUUCAGCUUUGCAUGCUAUUUGAAAAUUUCCAAAAAGUGUUUCUAAUUCAUAGAAAAGUUAUACAACGAUUGCUACAUGUGGGCUUAUAAUUUUCUUGUGCUUCUAACAUCUUUGUUUAUGGAAGUAUGUAAAAUUACAUGGUUUUACAAUUUUCAAACAUGUCAAGGAUAACAAUGGUAAGAAAAGACGUCAUAACAAUUGUAGUUUUCUUCCCACAUUUGUGAUACCAGCCAUUAUUAACUGUUAUAUAUACAUUAUAUUUCAAAAUGAUUACGGGUCUACCUCCGCCAUGGGUGGAUCAGUUAGGAAGGUGGUCAGAGGUGAAAAUAUUCAUCACACAUCGAAAAGUCCCCCAAACUCUUGGCCUAA